UAUGCCAAAGAAGUUCUCUAUCAAUCCUAAGUAAAUUUUUGGUUCUUAUAAAUAAUCAAAGAGCUUAAGCCGCUAGAGAGAAAGAGACUGAGAAAAAGGAGAGUAUGAAGAUUAAAAAGAAAUAGAAGGAAGAAGAAGAAUAUUGGAAGGAAACAGAUAAGAAUAUUAUAUAGAAGUAAGAGAGACAGAGAUAGAAGGAAUUAGAGGAAGAGAAUAAGAGAAAGAGAUAAGAGGAAAAGAAAUAGUUGUAUGAGAGUGAGAUGAAUGCAAUAGAAUCAAGUAUGUGUACUAAUAUCAAUUGAUAAAUAAUAUAAGGGGGCUAUAUCAAAGAAGUAAUUAAAAGAAGAAUAAGAAAAAAUAUUUGCUUAGCGUUUAUAGAAUGUAGAGUUAGGGGAUGAAUAGAGUGAAAAUGAAGAAGAUUAAUAGGAAUAAGUAGAAUAGUAAGAUGAUAAUUAAUUUCUUUAAUAAAAUAAAUAAGAUCAAUAAAUAAAUUUAGAAAAACUUCAAGAAAUUUGGGAUUCAGAUUAAGAAGAUUUUGAUGAGGUAAAUUAUUAUCUAUAUAAUCAAAUAGACAAUUGGAUAAAAUUAGAAUCAUAUUUUAAGAGAAUAAUAAAAAAGAGAUAAAGAAAAAUAUGAAUAAAUUAUUGAUGCUGAUGGAAUAGGUUAAUUUAUUGAUGCUAUCGAUGGGAAAGGCCCAUAAUAAUUGGUAAUUUAAUAGAAAUAUAAGAAUAGAAAUUCAAAGAAUACUGUCGUCAAAAAUUAGGGAAGGUUUAGAAGGAGAAUCCUUAAUUAAGACAUUCAUAAAUAAUGGAAAUGAUUUAUAAAUAGGUAAAAGUCAUAAAAUAUAAUUAAAGUGGAAAAUAGAUCCUCUAAAUCCUAAGAACUAAUGA